UUUUGCUCCGAUCCCAGUCCCUCGUCUCGCGUAGACUUAUCAACAGCGUCUGGGAUAUCGAGCUCCGGACUUUUCGUACAGCGUUUGGUGUUCCGUGUCUCCGUGGUUCGAGGUUCAAGGUGCUACGUGCAGGUGCAUAUAUUUUUGUAGGUUCUGGUGCAGGGCUCGAAGACCAUGGCCAAUCGCUCCAGCCAGCGGGACCGCGAGUUCAACCGUGACAAUACUAACAAUAACAAUCGUGACAAUCGGGACUUUAAUCGAGAUGGUGGUGGCAAUCGAGAUAAUCGUGACAAUCGGGACAAUCGAGAUAAUCGCGAUAAUCGCGAUAAUCGGGAGAGUCGUGGCAAUUUUCGAGACUUUCGCAAUCGUGACAGGGAUCGAGAUCGUCAGCGUCAGGUGCCCACGGAACCACCUUUCAUCGCCUAUGUGGGCAAUCUGCCCAAGGGUCUCGUCCAGGGCGAUGUGAUGAAGAUCUUCUCGGACUUUGAGGUUAAGAACGUCCGGCUUAUCAAGGAUCGUGAGACGGACGAGUUCAAGGGCUAUGGCUAUGUGGAGUUCGAGACCUUGGCCCAGUUAAAGAGGGCCCUUUCCUGCAACGGACGCAUCAAGUUGGACAACUUUUCGGCCCCCUUGCGCAUCGACAUAGCUGAUCAUCGCCGACAGGCCCCGAGCUCCAGUAAUGGUGGUGCAGGAGGACCCAGUGGAUCCCAAAGUGUGGGAGGUCAUGAAAGAGGAGGUGGCGGUGGUGGCGGCAGAGGAGGCGGUGCCGGUGGCAAUGGAAAUGGCAAUGGCAAUGGUAAUCCCUACUACCAAAGACGAAACUAUCGUCGGGACGACAGCGUGGGAUCCCAUCAGUUUCGUAGGAGGGAAACACGGAGCAACAGCAACCACCAAAUGUCCAACAGCAGCCCCACCCAGAGCACCAUGUCGAUAAACUUCAAUCGCACCACUCGCGGUGGCUAUAAUAACCGUGGUGGUGCAGGUGAUCGCGGUGGUGGCAACGGUAAUGGUGGUGGUAAUGGCAACGGAAAUGGAAAUGGAGGUGGCAAUCGCUACCAGGGAGGAGCUCCACGACCCAAUUACGAUGACCGUGACGGUCAGCAGUCGCCCACCAAUGGAGGAUUCCAGCGGAACCGCAACUUUAACUUCAAUCGUUCCUUUAACAAUAGCAUGGGCGAAGGAGGUGGUGUUGGUGGUGGAGGUGGUGGUAUUAGUAGGGUUGACAAUCCCCCAAGGACCUUCAACGGAAACGUAGGCGGUGGCGGUGCCGGUGGCGUUGGUGUAGGUGGCUUUGGGAAUGGAAUACCGAAUGGAAACGGAAACUAUACCAACUUUGUGCAGAAUCGCAACCGCGAUCGCCGUGGUCACUACAAUCCAAAUAAUGGUGGUGGUGGUUCCGCAAGCUACAAUGGAAAUGGGAACUUUGGCAGGGUCAACAAGGAUCCAGCAGCAGGACUUCCGGAACCAGGAUAUUCGGCAACUGGUCCAUCUUCGAGCAAUCAAUUUGGGGUACUAGAUGAUGAUGACAGACCUAAGUUGGUGCUAAAACCGAGGACGGUGACUGCGCCCAUUAACUCUCUGGCUGAGACCAAGCAGGCUGCCCUGAUCUUCGGAAAGGCCAAGCCUCGAGAUGAUAAUGCCACACCCGUUUCCUCGCCACGAGAUGACGCCGAUGUGAAUGCCCUGACCAAUGCCUUGGGCUCUUCAGCUCCUUUCGGAGGUCCUGACCCAGAUGAUCCCAAUCCUGGUAUGGGCAGCGACUAAAUUGCACAGUCAACGUUCAAACUUUACCAUUCUGAUGACAGUCUAGGCAGCUUGGGGUCAGAAUGGAGAGUUCUUUCAAUAAACUUUUCACAGGAACUUUAUAUUUUUAUUAAAUUUGUAUCCAGUGAUGUUUGGUCGAAUCGUUUGACUUCUAAAUUAGGACAGUAAUCGCAAGCCAUCCACUUCAAAUUGUAUUCAAAAUUGAUCUUGUUGUAAAAGCCCAUCCUUUAAUCAGGCAUACAAAUAAAUUGUCGUUUAAGAA